AUGAAACAAUACCUGAAUUUUGUAUUAUUAUACUUUUUGGUGGCCAACUGUGAUGCAGUGCCGGUUAACAAUGCUGAAAUGGAGAAGGAGGAUCCUGAAUUAACUGCUGGCUUUUUUGAAGGUGAUAUGGUCUUAGAUUUAACUCGCAAUGGUGUAAAGAACCCGCUAAGAACAUGGCCUUUAGCGAUUGUAAGAUAUAAAAUAGAUAGUGUUUUCGAUGCAGAUCACAAACUUUAUAUAGAGCAAGCUAUGGAUACCAUUGCAUCAGUGACUUGUGUACGUUUCAUACCAGCCACAUUUCUAACAUUUGCCUAUGUCCAUAUUUAUGGUAAUCCCAAUGGCUGUUUUGCCACAGUCGGUUAUCUGGGCUAUAAGCAGGAUCUCAAUUUACAAAUAUUUGACUUGGAUACUGGGUGCUUUAGGAUGGGCAGUAUUAUACAUGAACUUUUGCACAUUAUGGGUUUCUUUCACCAGCAAAGUGCAUCCGAUCGUGAUGAUUAUGUGGUGAUUCUCGAGGAAAAUAUUAUCGAAGGAAGAGAGCAUAAUUUUAUUAAAUAUGACAACGACACAGUCACCGCCUUUGGUACUGAAUACGAUUAUGGCAGUAUAAUGCAUUAUGGAGCUAAGGCGUUUUCGAAAAAUGGUAAUAAUACGAUUGAGACUUUGCAGCCAAAUGUGUUAAUUGGCCAGCGUGUGGGUUUAAGUGAGACUGACAUUGAUAAAAUCAAUUCAAUGUAUAAUUGUCAUGUAUAA